GAAGCAUUAUAAGAUGAAAACUAAAGGCGCUACCGCAGUGGGAAUUGACCUGGGCACGACCUACUCGUGCGUGGGUGUGUUCCAGCAUGGCAAGGUCGAGAUCAUCGCCAACGACCAGGGCAACAGGACAACUCCUUCGUACGUCGCCUUCACCGACACUGAAAGGCUCAUCGGUGACCCCGCCAAAAACCAAGUCGCACUCAAUCCAAUUAACACAGUUUUUGACGCCAAAAGGCUCAUUGGCCGUAAAUAUCACGACCAAACUGUCUCCAGUGACAUGAAACACUGGCCAUUCAAAGUUAUUGAUGUUGAUGGAAAACCUAAAAUCAAGGUGGAAUACAAAAACGAAAACAAGACCUUCAGUCCUGAAGAAAUAUCGUCCAUGGUUCUGAUGAAGAUGAAAGAAAUCGCCGAAGCCUACCUGGGAGGUGCUGUAAAAGACGCAGUAAUUACCGUACCUGCUUACUUCAACGACUCUCAACGCCAAGCAACCAAGGAUGCUGGCGCCAUUGCUGGCCUCAACGUCCUCAGGAUUAUCAACGAGCCAACAGCUGCAGCCAUCGCCUACGGUCUCGACAAAAAGGGCAGCACAGCAGGUGAAAGAAAUAUUCUAAUAUUUGAUUUGGGCGGCGGAACUUUUGAUGUCUCCAUCCUGUCCAUCGAUGAUGGCAUUUUUGAAGUGAAAGCAACUGCCGGAGAUACUCACCUUGGAGGAGAAGAUUUCGACAACCGUCUAGUUAACCAUCUUGCGCAGGAGUUCAAGCGGAAGCACAAAAAAGAUAUUUCUGAGAACAAGCGAGCUUUGCGACGAUUGAGGACAGCCUGUGAACGAGCGAAGAGAACCCUAUCCUCCUCUGCACAAGCCAGCAUUGAGAUCGACUCUCUUUUCGAAGGCAUUGAUUUCUACACAUCCAUCACUCGCGCCCGAUUCGAAGAAAUGUGCUCUGACCUCUUCAGAGGUACACUCGAUCCCGUUGAGAAAGCACUAAGAGAUGCGAAAAUGGACAAAGGACAGAUCCAUGAGAUAGUAUUGGUUGGAGGUUCUACUCGUAUCCCUAAAAUUCAAAAGCUGUUGCAGGACUUCUUCAACGGCAAGGAGUUGAACAAAUCAAUCAACCCUGACGAAGCUGUAGCUUACGGCGCCGCUGUUCAAGCCGCAAUUCUCAGUGGUGAUAAAUCGGAAGCUGUCCAGGAUCUGCUUCUUCUCGAUGUUGCCCCUCUGUCGUUGGGGCUUGAAACUGCUGGAGGCGUCAUGACUGCUCUCAUCAAGCGUAACACUACCAUUCCUACUAAGCAGACUCAAACUUUCACCACCUACUCCGACAACCAGCCCGGUGUGCUCAUCCAGGUUUACGAAGGCGAGCGCGCCAUGACCAAAGACAACAACCUCCUCGGCAAGUUCGAGCUCACAGGCAUCCCUCCUGCCCCUCGGGGCGUGCCUCAGAUUGAGGUCACGUUUGAUAUCGACGCCAAUGGCAUCUUGAACGUAUCUGCUGUCGACAAGUCCACCGGCAAGGAAAACAAGAUCACCAUCACCAACGACAAAGGUCGCCUCAGCAAGGAGGAGAUCGAGAAGAUGGUACAAGACGCUGAAAAGUUCAAAGAUGAAGAUGAUAAGCAAAAGGAGAAAAUUUCAGCUAAAAAUUCAUUAGAGUCUUAUUGCUUUAAUAUGAAAUCAACUCUUGAAGACGACAAAUUGAAAGAUAAAAUUCCUGAAAAUGAUCGUGAGAAAGCACUGAACGCGUGUAGCGAUGCCCUCAAAUGGCUGGACGCUAACCAUCUGGCAGAAAAGGAAGAAUUCGAAGAUAAGCAGCAGGAAGUGGAGAAAGUGUGCGCUCCCUUGAUCAGCAAGCUGUAUGGGGCAACUGGUGGACCGAUGCCUGGGGGACCAAGUGCGCCCGCGGGUGGACCAACUAUCGAGGAAGUGGAUUAGGUUAUGAAAAAAUACUAGACUUCAA